UCGAUGUCUUUGAAAUCUCCUUUGAUUGCAUUAAAAUUUCAGAUAGACCUUUAUGUACCUUUCAUGACAAUUAUGCAAUUCAUCUUUGUUAUUGGAUGGAUGAAGGUCGCCGAAGCACUUCUGAAUCCUCUCGGUGAAGAUGAUGACGAUUUUGAAUGCAAUUUCCUGAUCGACAAGAACAUUGCUGUGAGUCACUGUUUUCUUCUACGGAGUCUCUCAAUUGUCGACGAGUCAUACAAUAAAUGUCCAGAGCUUAUGCCUGACCGAUUCAUGGAUCCGAAUUAUGCCCCAGUUUAUUCAGAAGAUAGUAAGAAAUACGGUCACGAUGGAGUGCUGGUUGGAUCGGCGGAAGGAAUUAAGCUUGCAGAUUCGGAAGAAAAUGUAAAAAUGGUAUCGCUCGAUGAAAAAGAGUACCCUAUCGAACCAAGAUCUCGAACGACGGGUGGUCUACGAAGGAAGCUUACCAGCGCACUGAAUCGUUCUCGGUGA